AUGAGGGUAAAAAAUCCAAAACGCAAUGGAAGUUCAGCAUUAAAAAGGCUAAAAACCACUUUAAAGGAUGUAGGAUUAGUAGGACAAAAGUCACGUUCAAGUAUUAGUAAAAAACAAAAACAAAAAGGAAACCCAGUAGAUGCCAACAAGAUUGAAUAUAAAUCCAAGUUGAAUAGUUUAAUGAAAAAUCAAGUUAAUCCUUUCGAGUUGAAAAUUAAUAGGGUUAAACAUGAUGUAUUAGGAAAGAAAAUUAAAGGUGUCCAAGGUAGACCUGGGUUGAAAAGACAAAUUGGAAUUGAGAAGAGAAAGAAAACGUUACUUAUUGAAAUGGAAAAUAAAAAUAAAGUUGGAGGUAUUGUUGAUCGUCGGUUUGGUGAAAAUGAUUUAAAUAUUUCACCCGAAGAAAAAAUGUUGGAAAGAUUCACUAAAGAACGACAGAAACGAUCGAAAUCAUCUUUAUUUAAUCUUGACGAAGAAACUGUAGCUAGCAGUCACUUUGGAGGAUUCGAGGAUAAUUAUAACGAUGACAUUGAACGCAAAAAGUCAAAAAAUGAAAUUAUGAAAGAACUUAUUGCGAAGAGUAAAAUGCACAAGUAUGAGCGUCAAUUUGAAAAAGAUGAAGAUGAAAAGGUUCGUCAAGAAUUAGAUAUUGAAUUGGAUUCAAUUCGUAAUUUACUUAUUAUACCUCAUAAACCUCAUGAUGAACCUUUAGAAUCUCAAGAAACUGCUUUUCGGAAGAUUGAACCUAAAUCGCAUGAAAAAUACGAAGAGUACGAUAGAAUAGUUCGUGAAUUAGCUUUUGAAAAACGCGCAAGACCUACAGAUAGAACUAAAACUGAGGAAGAAAUUGCUUUGGAAGAGAAAGAAAGUUUAGAAAAAUUAGAGCGUGCAAGAAAAAGACGUAUGGAAGGUUUAAGCUCGGAAUCUGAAGAUGAUGAUAAACGCAAAAGACGAAGACGUGUUUCAUUAGCUGAUGAUUUAGAGGAUGAUUAUUUAUUUGAUGAGGGUAAUGAUGAUUUUGGAUUAGGAAAAGGAAUUACUUUAAAAGAUUUUGCCAAUGUUGGAAAAGAUAUUAACGAUUUUUCAUCUGGAAAUAUUCGAGUAGAAUCUCAAGUUACUAAAAAGACGAAAGUGAGCAAAAAGGAAAAAAAUAAAAAUGAAUUAGCAUAUACUUUUCCUUGUCCUUCAACUAUGGAAGAAUUUUUGAAAAUUUUAGAGAAUGCCGAAGAUGAAGAUAUACCGGUAGUAGUACAACGUAUUCGAGUUCUCUAUCAUAUUAAACUUUCUUCUGAUAAUCAAGAAAAAAUAGAGAAAUUUUUUGAUAUCUUGAUGGAUUACAUUUAUACCAGAGUGCAAGAAACCCCGUGUCCAAUGCAUUUAAUAAAUCGAUUAUCGUUACAAAUUUUCGAUUUAGUGCAACAAAUUACAGAAUAUUCUAUAAAGUGUUUUAUAGAAAAAAUAAAUCAUUUAAAAAAUGUUUUAAUAAAAAACUUUAAAUUUCCAAAAAUCACUGAACUUAUUUAUUUUAAACUAUUAGGAAAAAUAUUUCCUACAUCAGAUUUUCAUCAUAAUAUCAUUACUCCAACUUUAUUAUUGAUUGGGCAAUAUUUGGCUCAAUGUCAUGUUAUUAAUGGAAAAGAUUUAGUAUCUGGAUUGUUUUUAUGUAAUUUAUUAUAUGAGUAUCAAUCUUUAUCGCGACGUAUUGUUCCUGAAGCGAUUAAUUUCUUAUUUACGACACUUGUAUAUCUAACACCAAAAAACACAUUCAAAGAUACAUCAUUAAUUCCUGGAACAUUCCCAUUCCCCACUACACUACACAUUACAGAAUUAUACGCAACAUUAUACAAUUCUAGUCCUGCUUUUAUAGAAUUAUUUGAUCCUGUAUUGGAAUUGCUAUCUAAUUAUCCAUUAGAUAAAUUUUCAGAAACAAUUAAGAAUAAAAUAAAUGCUACCCAAGUAGUAAUACGACGACUUCAAAACUUUUCUAAACAAAAUAGAAAACCACUUGAAUUACAACAUCAUAAACCAAUUCCUAUUCCCACGUACAUUCCCAAAUUCCAAGAAAACUUUUCUAUCCAUCAUGAUCCGGAUAAAGAAAGUAGAAAGAUAAAUAAACUUAAGUCACAAUAUAAGAAAGAAUAUAAAGGAGCAAUAAGAGAAUUACGUAAAGACGGUCAAUUUAUCGCAAGACAACAUAUAAAAGUAGUUAAAGAAAAAGAUGCUAUUUAUAAAAAGAAAAUUAACUAUAUUAUGGGAACACUUGAAAAUGAACAGGGUGAAAAGAAGGCUUAUGAAAAAGCUAAAAAAUAUGGUAAAUUAUAA